AUGAAAUUUGAUGUUCAAAAGUAUUUUAAAAUUUCAACAAUUCAUGGAUUCUGCUACAUUUCAAGGCAAUAUCAUAUUGUUGAAAGAAUUUUUUGGACCAUCGCAUUAGCAUGUUCAGUUGUUUGCUCAUUAUUCCUCAUUUCGACAUUCGUAAUUAAACUUCUUGACCUUCCAACUAUCGUAUAUCUCUCUGAUAAGGCUGUUCCAAUUUCUGCAGUAGACUUUCCAGCUGUAACGAUUUGUCCAGAUUUUUUGCCAUACCAUCCAUAUGAUUUUAAUUCUCAACACUAUCGAUAUGAGAAGCACACAGCAAAGGUUAUAAAGUAUGGCACUCAAGAAUACUUGAACGAGACAACUGACGAGAAUAAAAUUGGAAUCAAAAUUUAUACCAAAAUUUUAAAUGGAAUUGAAAAAGGAGAACUUGAUAUCCAUAAGUUUGGAUUGAAACUCUUAAAACGACUCCAAGUAGUGGAUAUGAUUACGAAUCAAGGACUAUUCGCUAAAAUAAACCUUUCAAUUCCAAAUGACGACUUUUUAAGCAUAAUUAACGAGUUUUCGAAGGAAUUUUUAAAGUCUGCAUCAGAACUUAAUGUUUUUUGGAUGGAAGAUCAGAAACAAUACGUAUCAGAGAUUUUGACAUCCGAGGGGUUAUGCCUUACCUUUAAUAUUGCAUUUUCAAAGGAUUUAUUGCAGCUCAAACGUACAUCAAAUGACUUUCAUUGUCAGCUUUUUCAUUUAAAAUAUUUUAGCGAUUCUAGUGACUUAGUUCCACCAAAGACACUCCCAAGAAAAAUUUCAUCUUCAUUUUCAGGACUUCAAAUGAAGUUUGAUGUCAUAAAGAUGCUAUUUGAUGACAUUUUUGAACGAAAUCCACACAGUCUUGUAUUUUAUAUUCACGAUCCUUACGAGUUGCCAUCGAGCAACUCAAAAAUGUUUAAUCUUGAUGCCACUCAAAGAACUAAAAUCACCAUUGAUGCAGAACUGAAUACAAUUGAUGAUUCAAUUGUUGACUAUACACCAAUAGAACGCAACUGCUACCUUGACAGUGAGAAGAGAUUGAAAUUCUUUAAGAAAUACACAAUAGCAAACUGCAUACAAGAAUGCUUGACAGAUUUCAUGAUCAAAAGCUGCGGAUGUGCUGAGUUCUUUAUGAUUCGUAAUGUAACUACUCGAAUUUGUUCAGCAAGCGAGGAGGAAUGUUAUCUUAGUGCUAGAAAUGGAUUUCUGAGUUCACAAAGCGAUUGUGGCUGUUUAAGUCCAUGCAAUCACAUCAAAUACAAACUGGAAAGCAAUCAAAUGGAUCUCGAUAGAUACAAUUACUACACUGAAGAAAAAAAGUUGGAGUUGAACAUGAGCUUCAAAAAGGACAACAUAAAUCACUUCAUUCACAAGCAGCUUUAUGAUGUCCUUGACUUACUGUCCUAUGCUGGAGGACUUUUAGGAUUAUUUGCAGGAUUUUCACUUCUUUCAUUUAUUGAACUGAUUUAUUGGUUUACAGUUCGAGCUAUAAUGAAGAACUUUCAUCAAUCAACGCGUGUCCAUCCUUUCAAUGAGAAUCAAGACAGUCAAAGGAAUUUUAUGAAUUUUAAGCAUGUAGCUCAAGACUUUUUAAAGAACUCAUCAAUACAUGGAUUGAGAUAUAUCUCAAAAAGGAAGAUUAUUGACAAAAUCUUCUGGAGUAUCUUAAUUGGCGGCUCAACAAUUCUAGGAUUGCUAAUGAUUUCAAAAACAAACGAGAAAAUUCCAAAUAGUCACAUUAUUUCGUACGACGAUAGUCUCAAGUUUAAAGGAAAUGUAAUUUUCCCAGCAAUUACAAUAAUUCCAGAGAUUACAAUCCAUAAUGACUUUCAUAAAAUGUUUAUGAUGUUUGGAGAUGAAGAUCAAAAUGAACGUGUGGCAAUUAAGAUGAAGAACCAAACAUACAAAAAUGAUGUCAUAAGACUUUUCUCAAAGUUUUGCACGUGUUUUAAAAAUUGCGUCCCAAUAGAAUAUUUUGAUGAUGAAUUGUUUCAUGAUUUUACCUCAGAUGCAAAAAAGUUGAUGCAAAGUGAACCUGAGACAGUUUGGUUUCAAGCACAGUUUUCAACUUUUAAUGAGAUUAUUAACCCAGUUUAUGCAGAAAUUAGAACGCAACUAGCGAUGGGAUACACUUUUAAUAUCAUUGAUACUAAUAAGCUGCUCAAUUUCAAAUCGAUCAAUCAAGAAUUUCAAUACUUCAAAAACGUAACAACAAAAGCACCAGACAACAUAAUUAAGACUGCAAGGAACAUCAGCGUCAGAAAAGGAACCGGAGCAAUUCUGAAAAUGAAAUUAAAAAGCCACAAACUUAACUCAACUGAAGGAUUAUGUAAAUUAAUGGGACUUUUGAUUCAUGACAUUGAUGCAUUGCCAACAUUUUUCAAACGAGAUGAUAUUAUGAGCAUUGCACCAGGUAGACUGGAUGUAGAAGUAAUUCCUGAAAUCAUCAAGACUGAUAUUGAUAUGAAGAAGAUUGACUCGUCUGUUCGAAAAUGCUACUUUGAUGGUGAAAAGUCAUUGAAAUAUUUCAACAAAUAUUCACAAAAGAACUGCAUCAUUGAAUGCUUGACAAACUUCACACUUAGCAUGUGCAACUGCACUGAUCCAUCACAACCAUUUGAGAUCGAAAACUUUUGUCAUCAAGAUUUCUACGAUCACAAUAUCUAUUGUCCAUCACAAGCUGUACAAAAGUUUGAAUCUCAAGAAAAUGUCGAAAACAGUUGUGAAUGCAUACCAACUUGCGAUUCUAUCACUUAUCAUGUCAAAUAUUCUUAUAAAUUUGCAAAAGAUGAUGAUGAAAUUGAAAUCAAUCUUCGACUGAAUUCUGAAGAUGCAAUUUUAUUCAGAAGAUAUCAACUGUUUACAUUCUCGGAUGUUGUUUCAUAUGUUGGUGGACUUUUGGGACUUUUGGCUGGAAUUUCAAUGCUUUCAAUUGUUGAAUUUUUCUAUUAUUUCUUCAUUCGUGUGCUUAUUGAUAUUUAUAGAUUUUAA